UUAAGCUCUGGAAUUGGGAGGUUGUAGAAUCCCCAUCGCUAGAGGUUUUUAAGAACAGGUUGGGCAAACACCUCUCAGGGAUAUUCUAGGUUUACUUGGUCCUUCCUCAGUGCAGGGUGCUGGUCUGGAUGACCAUUCAACGUACCUUCUAGCUCUACAUUUCUGAUUCAUAAUUUUCUUAAUAGUUGCAUUGCAGGUUGGCGUCAGGGAAGUAAUAUUUCCACAUAUGUAUCGUGAAUUUAUUGAUUUUUUGCAUAGAUGACCUGUGCCUGCUGACGGGAGGGGGGGAACAAGCCCAGAAAAGCUCAAGUCACACCCCUACAUCCUCCAGGCAGUCCUCCCCCUUUUGGAAAGCCAGCCCCCCACUUCUGGGAAAGCAGCAGCCCCUCCCUGCAGCUCCCAGCUGUUCCUCUCCCUCUUCCGGCAGAAUUAAAGCAGCAGCACCCCUAAGCAGCUCUCAGCUGUUCCUCAACUCCUGCCUCUGCCUCUCCCUGUUCCUGCCCUGUGCAGUUCACUAGCUUAGCUGCUGUGCAGGGAGGGGGCCUGGUUGCACCAUGUGACCCAGCAAUCUGGGAGGGCAGGUGACCCCUCCCCGCCCUCACAAGUUGCCUCUGCUUUUUUGCAUAUUUGUAAAUCUCUGUUAAAGACAAUGACCCCCACUAAAGCAAUUUUAAAAUUGCUAAUAUUCACCACAAUAUUACGUGUUAACUCUAUCUAACUUUACAAACCACGUGCAAGAUUUUAAUAGUAAAUAUUUUGCUGGGCGGUAAAUCUAUAAGUAUUAAGGGGCUGUAAUUUUUGUACAGCUGUGUAGCUUUCUCUAACUUCCCCAGUAUACUGCUAAUAAAAGAAACACUUAAGUCUUGAAACAAUGCAAGAUUCCAGUGACACUGGAGAACUGAGAGGUUUUUUGGUGGUAUAUGUGAGGGGGGAGUUCAUCUGUUCUAGCAGAAAAAUCUCAAAAAAGUUGGCAACUAAUCAGGUCCUAAAAAGGAAUUUUAAAAAUGUAAAUUAGAAAUUCUAUAUGUACAUACUUUGUCAUUUGGACUGCAGCUUCCCUAUUUGUUCUGCUAACAAUUGCACAGAACGUUCAAUUUGCAGGGUUGUUUCUUUUUCCUUUUGCUGACUCCUGACUAACUGAAUCUCUUUUGUUGUCACUACAAAAGGCAGACAAGUUUGAAGAGUAUUAGGAGUAGAGAUGAGUGAAUAUUUUUUCUGAACUGCUACCAAAAAAAAAAAAAAAAAGAUUGAAGCAAAUCUGAAUAUUUCUGAAUUUUCAGUGCAUCGAUAAAGUCUGUUUCAGGUCUGCUCUAGAGUGGGGAUUCAAACCUGGGUCUCCCCUGCCCACAUGUGUGUCCUAACUACUGGGCUAAAGAUUAUAAAAGUGGGAGGGAAGCAUCAGCACUGGGUCACCACCACGGCCUCCUCUUCUGGCUGGUUUGUGAAUGGCUGGAACUAUUUGUGUCAAGUUCGCUAAUAGUUUUGGGUUGACCCAAACUGUUUUUCAUCAGAUAAACUCCUUGUCCAAAAAAAUUUGCCCAAGUCUAAUCAGGAGUGAACUGGAACAGUAACCCUAUAUCUAAAGUAACCUGCUCAUCCAAGGGAUCUUCCAGGUCUGAUGGGAGACCUAAAGUUCUACUGAUCAUUAAUGGGAAAUCCCACCCUGUUUCACAGGAAAUGUGGAGGAGAUGGCUUCUUCUGACAAGCAGCAGUUGCCCCUUCAUAAGAUUAUGUGGAGGGAGAAAUUGAAGGUUUUGGUGCACGUCACCACGCUGCUCAGCUAUCCCCUUUUGCCUUCUCUCUGCCUCUUCCCCAUUCCCAGACAUUUGAUUUGUUUUUUUUGUUUUUUUCUAAUUAGGGAUAUUAGUUUUAGGGAUAACUCUUCUCCAGUUUCCUUUCUCUUGCUCCCUUUUCUCUCAUGAUUCAUCUCUUUUCUUUCAUUUCCCACUUUUCCUCUUUUGACUUCGUCCUUCCAUUGCUCUUCCUUCAUCCUUUCCUCUGUCUCACCAUAUACUCCCUCUUCUCUUGCUUUUCUUCUCCCUUUUGUUUGCAGGUACAUUUUCACAAGGGCUGAGGCAUGGCUUCCCUGUUCAUAGGUGCAGUUUGUACCAGAACAUUUGGUGCCACCUUUUGGCAAUGGAAAAAUUAACUGUAGGCACAAAUCUGAGAAUUUGCCCACUAUUCAAUACAAUGUAAUCAGGGCGCAAACUGCACUUGCAAAAGGGAGGCUGUCCUUCUGAAAUGUAACUGUAAUAUCUUUUCCCCACCCCACAAUACUCAGACUCCAUGCUACAGACCUGACAAUCCAAAACCAUUUUGUUCUUCUUUCAUAAGCCAACUAGAUAUCUUUGUUCUUGUUCCUUUUAAAGAUAUAUAAAAGAAUGAGGAAAUAAGAGAGUAAAGGGAGAAGCGACACUUUCAUCUUUCAGCAGUUGACAUCACACUUCUGCACAGUUCUAAUGGCCUUCAUUCGACUUAGAAGAAUAUUUUGCAGGGGCCAGCUUUAAUAUUUUGAAUGGUGCCAUCCCAGGUUUAACCUUUUAAGUAGCACAUAGCUGAGAAACGUGGCCCUGUCAAGACCCAUACAUUCCUUCUUGCUGGGAUCCUUCUGUUUUCUGUGAUAGCAUCCAGAGAAAAAUAUAUGUGACAAUUAAAUAAUAAACCUGAUAGCAUUGCUAUACCUGGACAUCAUAUUGUAUACUGAAUAUGUUGGCAUGCUCGUAUGUUUCAAAGGCAAGUGCAAAGUCUGGGUUUAGCCUAUUUUAGAGGCUGAGGGUGAAAUCCUAGCCCCAUUGAACUCAAUGAGAGUUCUUCCAUUAGCUUCAGUGAGGUCUGGAUUCCAUCCUGAAACAGGACCCAAGUUUGCCCUGAUUAUUGGUUUAGCAAUGGAACAAACUGCAGAAGGUUGGAGAAUUCAUUCCUGCCCUGGGUUUGUUUUGUUCUGUUCUCUUCCUUCCUUUGACUGUUCCUUUUAGAUGUUGCUAAGUGAGUGUGUUGCUUAUGAGAGGUGCUGGGUUCACACCCCCAUUUUCAGACAUCUGUUUGUCUCCAGGAUAAGCACACCAAGCUAGGAGCGGCUGUGCAUAUUUUCCUCACACUGCUUUGCCCCUAUGCCUCUUCUCUUUUCUGGAGGGCUUUUCUCCCGGGAGAAGGAGGGCAGUUCAGUUUCCAGGCCACUGUCCACUUUUGGACUAACUCUUUAGGGUAUUUUCUGUUCUUGUGAAGGUUUUAUUACAGAGAUCAGGAUUUUGAAUCACACAAAAGUGAAAUUACUUGACAUUGAAUCCUACCAAGAUGAAUAUUUUGGCAGCAAUCACUACAACCUUUUCUCCACAAUUGCUAUUCUAUGUGCAGCUGGCUAUUUGGCAUUGCUGAUCAAUAUUUUAUUAGCCUGUUGAGUAAAGUGUAGGCCUUGGGCCACUGGCCAAUUCCUAAUGCUGACAAGUGGUAGGAAAAGUAAUUCAUUCAGAUGGAAUAUAAGUCUUUUAGAGGUGUUUGUACUUUCUGAUGGAAAGUAAUCCCUUAUUAUGGAUUUGGCUUAGAUUAGUUUACUGAACAAUCCACUUGGCCUAUUAUUUUACCACCAAUGCAUUAAAGUAGGUCCAUAAAUACAGGCAACAGAAUUAGAACAUUAUUGUAGUAGGAGAUAACAAUACACCAUACACAAGAGUGCAUUAUAUCUUCAGUUAGAAAUCCAACAAGUCCAGCAGGCAGACUUCCAUGUAUUCUCUCACAAUAAUUGACCAUAGCCAACAGAUAGUUUGUACUGCAUAAGACAAGUUAUUUAUAUUUAGCCUAAAACUGUAAUAACAUCCUCUGGCAAUGGCAUUAUCUGAUGGUGUCUGAAACUGAACCCACUUCCUAUUUCCAGGCCUCAACAAAUGACAAUCUUUGUGUUGUCUGAUGUUACUUCCUGAGUCUGAGAUUAAAAUGAGAGGUUUUUAAAUUCAUCUAGCUUAGUUUUUUGAAGUAAAGAUCUAUUUUAGACAACUAAGUUUCCCAGAAUUGUUUAAGUGUGGUUUCUAUCACCAACCAGAAUGUUUCCUUGAAAAUUCUAAGCAUAUAGCCAGCAGCAUUUCUGCCAGCAGAGUAGUAAUACAGGGUUGGCUACGGGCUUAGCCGAUAGGCAGUCAGAGAAAUGUUUAUGCCUGGUCAACAAGCAAGGACUUGUGAAGCUCUGAUCACCAAAUGUAAUUUAUUUUUUUCCUAUUGACUAAGAUGUGUAGAGUCCUGUUAUUUUACCCUCUGGCUCCCCUCCUCUCCCCCGCAGUUGUCAGAUGACAAACUACAUUAGGGGUGUAGGGAAGGCAGCAAUUAGAAAUAAAAACAACAUCAGGGAAAAAAAAACCUAUGGCUGGCAGGGCUAAGGACAAUAAAAAGGAUUUUAAGUAUAUUAAGAACAAAAGAAAUUCUAACAGUAGUAUAGACAGUGGCAAGAUGGCCAAUUUCAGUUUGGUAGCUCCUGCGCUUUUCUUGGCAGGGAGCUAAGAUGCCACCCUUUGCCCCUGCUCUUGAGUGCCGAGGGCCUCCGCUACUAGCCCGGGAAGGUGGUAGGGGAGGAGUCUGGGUUCACUCCUCACUCUGAGUCCCAGCCCCUCUCAACCCCUGUGGGUUUCUUACCCUUGUCCCCCUUAGGUGGGGUUACCCCCAAUCCUUAGAUGCUGUAGGGUAGGGUCUCCCUUACUCCAGUUCUCAGGUCUUCCAAAUCUCACAACACCGCUCCAGUCCUUUCUCCUUCUCUGUCUGACGCAGGGGGUUUUAUUAGGUUCGGAACAGGGCCUUAAUUGACUGCAGGUGCUCCAAUUAACCUGCAGCCACCUUCCCUAGUCUACAGGGAACCACGCCUUAAUUAGCCUUGAGUUUAUAUAUCUAGCACUCUCCCACUGCUCCCUGUAUCACAAGACCCAUCACUUGAUAGAGAUGAAGAUGCUGAAUCCAGGCACUGGUGUACAUGGAUAAUGUGGUGAUAGAGGUGGUGAUAGGAAGAUAUAUAAACAUGGGAGAUAUGAAAGAAAAAAGAAAGCAGAAUCGAGACUGAAGCCAAAAGAAGAUUAAGACAAAAUCACAAAUUUACCUGGUCAAGGUGGUCAGGGUCAUUCACUGCCUCCUGUCUCUUUUCAUAAAAAGAAGCUGUCAAAGAGACCAGGAUACAUGAGACCAGAAGCUCCGCAACAGAUAGAAUUUCAUCCUCCUGCUGACUGUGAGCCAUUCAACCCAAAGGGGCUUGAACAUGGCAGAAAGCAUUGUGAAGACUUCAAGAACUGCUCUCUGCACAGACUAUGCAAAAAUGACUUUGAAUCCUUAUAUUGUAAUUCAUCUGUAAACAGUACCAUAGUUACCACCAAUGUGGUAACAACAUCGAUCACUGCUGGAAAUACGACAGGAAGCCUCAGAAAUCUGUCAGAUCUCAGGAUUCAGCCGUCAGAAAAUGUAAUUCUGCCGGUUUGUCCUGCAGCUGCCACAUGUAAAAGAGACUUCUUACCUGUGUGCAGUUCAAAUACAUGGCAGACUAAUCUACUAGCAACUACGUGGGAGACAAUCCAUGGUGCUAGAGUAAAGGAACCACAGAAAAUGUACACUUUGGAUCAGAAGGAAGUGAACAAUAACUGUGAAUAUAACAACAAAGAAGUCACUUCUUACUCGUCCAGUACUUGGGAUAGCUUUAAUUCAAAUUUCAGCUUCAUACAGCUCUCACUGAACUCACGUUUUGAAAAAAGUGACGCUGAAGGCCAGUCAGAUGGCAGGGCAAUGGAACACACACUGCAAACAAAUGCAACAGGACAAAUAGAAAAUGUUAAUUUACAUGAACCAGGGGAGAGACUAAGAAGUUCACAUAAAGACAUAGGGGCUUCAUCUUGUAUUUGUAAGCAUGGUGAGGGUUAUCAGUGUGCAAGAGGGACUUUAGUGGAUGAUAAAUUGCAGGAUUGUGAGAUGGUAUCUCUUUCGGAUACAGAUGCAGCAUUUUCAUGUUCCACAGAUUCCUCAGAUGCAGCAUCUGCUGGUUCUUCUGUUACCUCAGGCUAUGAAAGUAGCUUUACUGUUAGUGAUCACAACUGGGACACCCUGAUGAGGAAAUAUGAACCGGUGCUAUUGGACUGCUUGGUUGACAACCGUAGUACAUUAAAGAUAAAAUCCUUAAUGUUAAGGCUUCAGAGGCUUCAAGAAAAAGCAAUAGAGGAAGAUGACUAUGAUAAAGCUGAUACAUUUAGAAGGAAACUAGAAGAACUGGAGCAAGAGAAGAAUUCUUCAAAAUUUCAGCUUCCUUCAAGGCAUCCUUCAAUUAUCAGCUUCUUAGACAGAUUCAGUGCACAAGUUCAAGCAGCGUUGUUCUGGGCUGCAGAUCGGGUUGGAAGUGAAGAAGCACAGCUCUGGCAAAAAAACGAGCAAAAGCUUUUGAGUCCUGCUUACCAGAAGAGGAUACAGGUUUCAGCUACAAAAAGAAACCAGCUUCUUCAAGAAAAGCAAUGGUUGCAGAAAGAAAUUGAAGACCUCAGAGCAAGGCUGGCUGUGCUAGAAGCAAAAGAUCAACAGUUAAGACGAGAUAUUGAAGAGCACGAUAGGCUUAUUCAGUCGCAGGACUGCGAGUUGACUGCCUUGCUUAGCUGUGUAUCUUUGAGAGAGCUACAGGAAAUAAGCAAGGCCUUACAUGACACUUUAGCAUUGUCAUAUCAAAUUCCAUUUAGUUUGGAUUUCCCUGGGACCAUCAAGAGCCUUCAGGAAAAAGAACAGUCACUCAGCAUGUCCAUUAAAGAAACGACUGCCAAAGUUUGUGCAAGUCAGAAACUAUGCAGUACUUUGAGGAGAAAAGUGAGUGAUAUUGAGACCCAACUACCAGCUUUACUUGAAGCCAAAAUGCUUGCUGUAUCAGGAAGUAAUUUCUGUACUGCUAAGGAUCUUGCAGAAGAAAUCAGAUCAUUAACAUCUGAGAGAGAAGGGCUGGAGGGACUUCUCAAUGAGCUGUUGGUGCUGAAUGCCAGAAAUGUCCGAAAAUUAGAGGGAAUUAAAGAAGAUUUCAACAGAUUGAAACAAGAACUGGAGCAGGGGAAGUCUGCCUUUGAGACAAAUGUGAAGGAAAAUGCUGUGAAAUUCAUGGAGAUGCUGGAGGAUAAGCUGCAUAGCUGUGGGAACCAGCUGCUCGAAAGAGUGUGGGAAGCUGACUUGGAGGCCUGUCAGCUGUUGAUCCAAGGGUUUCAGCUGAAAGAAGCUGGUUGCUGUGUUUCAGAGGAAGAAGAGGGCCGAACAGAUGAGAUGGUUGCUGCUGCUGAUCACUGUUUGGACACAGAGAGAGGAAAAGAAAGCCACUUUCCAAAAGGCACAGAGCGGGGCGCUGUUCCAUGCCCCAUUGCUCAAACCAAAUGCUGUGAACUCAAAGAGGUUGUGGAGGAUAUUUCAUUUGGUACAGAUGAUGAUUUGUAUGAGGACUUCCACGUAUUUUCUGCAGAACUUGGUGAAAAAUGUGAAGCAAUAAGUGAGAAACUGGUGCAAUUAGAAGAUCAACUCCAAGCAGCAGUCUGCAACUUGGAUGACAAUUUUAUUCAGUCUCUACAGAGGGAGAUCCAGAUGGUGAAGGAAACUCUGCAGGCCAUGCUGAUGCAGCUCCAGCCGGAUAAGGAGGCAAGAGAAGAUGAGGCUGGAGACUUCCUCUGUGACAGCUGGUGUCCAGGAAAACAAGACUUAAAGAAAUAAUGGGGGGUGGGGGGUUCUGGUGUUUUAAUGUUAAUUCACAAAGGGUUGCUUUUAGUAACUGAAUACGGUCUUACGAAGCCUUGAGGAUCUCUUCUCUCCCUGCAUAACUAAUAACAACUAAAUCAAUUAUGGAGAAAUGGAGCCUGGAGGUUUAUCAACAGAAGUGUUCUACACAGCUUCACAUGUUCUGGCACAGACUGGAAAACAGCUUUCAGAGCAGAGCAUCUCCUGUAAUUGUGUAGAUUACAAAUUGAUCCAUUUCAAGUGAUUCAGCAAAGUCUCCUUUAAUGUCAGAGUGAGAUUUUUCUAACAAUGUUAUAAACAACUUCCUUACUUGUGCAUUCUUCAGUCUUUUUCUCCUUCAACAUGUAAUGUUAAAGGCAGUAUUCUUCAGUAUUGCUGAGAGACAGCUGAGGGAAUAAGUAAUUUUUUGCCUUUGUAACAUCUUUCUUACACCCAAGUUAUUUUCAGAUUCCUACAAAAUAUAAAACCACUAGGAUAAAAUUCAAAAUAACCAAAUUCUUCUAACUUAAAUUAGGACUGCACUUAUCCACUGGCAUUCAACAUAGCAGAGAUAAUUAAUAUCAGACUAAAGAAUAAUAGCUUUUCAACCAUUUUCAUUUACAUUUUAUAGCAAAUGCAUAUUAAUACCAAAACCUCAGAACAUUUAAAGUGAUAACCUGCUGAUUUGUGGUUUUUAUAUUUGAAUACUGUACGAACAUUAAGUAAUUUUUCUUAAUAUUAUGCUUACUUCUUUGACCUGCCCUAUAUUGUGAUAAAAAAGAAAGGUUUUUGGGUGUGUAUAUACAUAUGUAUGUUUGAUAAAGUUAUAUUAUCUGUUUAAUCUCUUUGUUUGCUACAGAAAAAAAGAAAAGGAAUGGAACUAAACCCAGCUAAAUAUUGGUGAUUUACAAUGGUGCAGUGUUCAAACAAUUUGUAAAUUGUGUACUCAUAAAUCAAAACAUUCUUGCUUGGAUGCUAAAAUAAACUGAGGUUAUCACAUUUUCA